AUUAGAUCCAGAGGCUGACUUCAGAGGUUAAAUUCCGAUCAAAGAGAGUGGGAGUUUCUUAUACUGGGAGGGAUGAGGGUGUGAGAGGAAGAAUUCUUGUACCUGGUGUUGGAUGGAUGGAAGCAAUAGGUCAUCUUUACUUCAGGUGGUGGAGUCUAUUCUACUCUCUAGCUCUUGACAAUUCUAAGCUGUGUCCUAAAACUUGGAAGAGAGCCAAACCGUCUUCAUGAUCUGUUGUAGCUUUGAUCAAUUCAUGCUUGUACAGGUAUCUUGCAGCUGAUAAUCUUGUAAAUGAAAUUCACCAGUUUCUAAGAGAUGUUUGGGAACUGUGUUGCCAUGAUGGAUGAGUGUGAAGAUACUUCCAUGACUCUCAGUCCUGACUUCUGUCCGAGCUAUCGGCUGAACAGCAAGAAGUUGCUCUCCAUUAUCCAGGACACCAACUCUUCCAUGUCCUUCUCUCCUGAGCCUACGACAUCACCUAUGCAAAAUCAUUCCCUCAACAUGAGUAAUCUUAGCUUCUGUGAUAGUGAGACUCCUAAACGUUGCCUGGACUUGUCAAAUCUGAGUAAUGGGGGUGAGACAUCAGCCUCUCCAGAAACUGUACGCAGAGGGUUGUGCCUUGAUUCACCUGGUCUAACAGAUGCACAAACUGGAGAAUUCAGGUACCUUGCGGGAAGAACCCAACAACAUCUGCCAGAGAUUCUCUGCAGCAGUCCUAUGUUAGUAACAUCUGGCCCUCAAACCCCAGUCCAGGACCAUGUGGAUUUCAGAAGUCUGGGCCACAACAAGGAAAAUGAAGGAGAUGAGUUUAAGAAGCCCAUUUGCCCAGCUCCCAGGAUAACGUUGCUCCCCUUCCAAGACCAAAAAAUCUGUGAAACAACUUCCUCGACAUCAUCUUUGUUUGGCUUUGAGAUGGAGGGAGUCAGUCAUGCAACGUCAACAGACUUUCAGUGCCUGGACUAUCCCAUGAGUGAAGACAACCCUCCUGAUGUGUUUUUGGGGCUGAUUCAGAAAGAUCAAGAGAGGAAUUCGAACAUGAACAUAGCCAUGUCCUCCAGCAUGGCUGCUCUUUUCACUGGAGAUCUCAUGAACCAGGGGAUGGACACAAGCACAGUUCCAGUCAGGAGGAGUAGGCCAGGCCUGUUUCGGUCACCUUCUAUGCCAGAGAGGCUGCACAAGCCAUUCCUGAAAAGAUUGGACAGAUCUCUGGAAAUGGACACUCCGGUGAAGACUAAGCGGCAGAAGAGUUUUGAAUGCCCCUCAGAGCACAAGGAUCAGAAGAGGCAGGAGGACCAGUUCAUGAGACAAGCCACAACCAGCUGCAAGAUCAAUGUGACAAAUGUUUUGGAUGAGGAGAGGAACCCCAUGGAGCUGAUAGGGAACUUUUCCAAUGUAUAUGCAUUGCCCACAACAACGGGUAAGCACGAAGAUCUGAAGUAUAUCACCCCUGAAAUUAUGGCCAAGAUACUACAUGGAGAAUAUGACCACCUUUUAGAAGGAGUCUAUAUCGUUGACUGCCGCUAUCCUUAUGAGUUUGAAGGGGGACAUAUCAAGGGUGCCCUGAACCUUCACAGAGCAGAUGAUGCCAUUGAUUACUUUCUAAAGAAACCUAUUAUUUCUAAAUCCAAGGACAAGAGAUUGAUUAUAAUCUUCCACUGUGAAUUUUCAUCAGAGCGAGGACCAAAGAUGUGUCGAUUAGUGCGGGAAGAGGAUCGCAGUAUGAAUGACUACCCAAAUCUCUACUAUCCAGAACUCUACAUUCUGAAAGGAGGGUACAAGGCUUUCUUCUCUCAAUUCAUGAAUUACUGCGACCCACCCAAGUACUGUCCCAUGGAUCAUGUGGACUUCCAGGAAGAGAUGUUGAAACUGCGAAAGAAGAGCAAAUCCUGGGCAGGAGAACGUCGGAGACGGGACCUCAUCUCGAGAUUGAGGAAGAUGUGAAAAGUCGAUGUGACUCUCAUUCUCACCACCUAUCAGAACCUUUCUAUGGAACCUUCUACCACUGGUUAGCAAUCUAUUUGAAGAAAAUUCACACUGCCCAUAAUGUAGCAAAGGAGGUUUUCUCCAACCACCCAGUUCUUAUAAUACGGUCACAUCAAAGCAUGAAGACUGACCACCAUGUAAAAAUGUAUUUGAAAUGUGAAGGUUUUUAAUCUUUAUAAUUUUUUAAGCUUAUAACAGGAAUUACAGAAUUAAUUUAAUAGAAUCUUGCUAAUGUUUUUUGUUUGAGAAAUAUUUUGCAUUCUGAAAACAUACUUGCUCUCCACCAUCCCAUGAACAGAUUGUUGGAUUUACUAAUCUGCUGAAAAACUGAACGACAGUUGACACUUUUCUCCUAUAACUUCCAAAUGCUGCAAGUUUCAUCAUGGCCACUUGGUAAAAACUUGGCACCCACUUACCUGUGCCUCAGGCAGGUUGGGAGAGUAAAAUGAAAAUUUAAAAUAAAAACCCCCAAAACAUUUUUUUCUCUGAGGAGAUGCUAUGCAUUGAUCUAUUUUUCUUUGUUGCCUCAUAGUAAUGCAAGCUGCAAGAUUGUGGAUAGGUCUUGCAUCACUUCUAAAGAACAAUGUCAUGCAGUUUGCUAUCUUUUAUCUAGCCAGGGUGAUACUGGGAAGUGUUGACGCAAAGCGUCAUUGUUUAUGUGGUGGAGCUGGACUCAGAGGCACCAAAGCAGUUUGUUUAGUCCGUAAACCUCUUGAUGAUUUGUCACUGGUUGGUAGGUACCAAGGGGCCAUCAUGCAAGGAGAUGGGCAGCUGGAAAAAUGUAAUAGUCUUCCUUUUAAGAUUUGCAGCACAAAGGAUGGCAUGGUUUUAAACUGCAUGGGUGUCCACUUGCACGUCAGAAGCAACUGUGAAUGUUUGAAGCAAUUCAGUCCACAUCAAUCAGUAGAGGAAUGGUUUCAUCAUUCUCACCCAAUUGAUGUCUGUGUUUGAACCCUGGUAGUAGAGUCAUUUCCAGCAAUGUUGUUGGAGCUUUCUAGGUUAUGUUGUGGAUGUGAAGUAAGGUGGGGAUAAGGCCAGGUUGGUCAAGGUCAAAUGAUAUGCUCAUAGUUUACUCGCUGUUGGUGUGCUGUUUGACCACACCUGGUACCAAAGCCUGGUGUGGCCCUGAUCUAAUGGACAUCUUCAGCCAUUUGCCUACUGACAGGGUGGUUAAAAAGUGAAUUGUUCUUUUUUAAUGCUUCCCUCUGUGUCACUUUGGCUGAGAUGAAAUAUGGACCAGAAAUGGGGCUUUUAUUGUGACAUUAAUUUGUCUUUGUUCUGGGAUCUUCAAGAAAUUCCAUCUUGUAUUAGUUUACUGUAGAUCCUUUGUUAGAUCCUUUGAAGGUUAUGGCAGGGGUACACAUUAUCAUCACUACUGCCUUGGUGCCAGUGAACAGUGAACAACAGGGAUUUGACCAAGUGCAUCUUGGAUUUCAGAGCCAAGAACUCAACAUUUUCAAUGGAAAUCAAACCAUUGCCAGGCAAAGGAGUUGGAUCCAAUUUGUUUAGAAUGACUGUUACUUAGACUAAUCUUAGAUCUUCCCUUUUUCUAUUUCCAUCUCACCCCAUCAAGAUAAAUUGUCAUUGAGGCUCCCACCAAUGUUGGUUGAAGUUGACACUGCAUAGGUUCCUUCCAUCUUGAAGGAACCAUGACGGUUGAUUUGUGCAAUGUCAAUAUUCCAAGCAAUGAUCAUGCCACACAAUCUUUCACUGGCUGCAUACCAGUGGAGUUGAGCCUUUAAAAUCCAUAUUUGGGGUGUGGGUAUUCCUGGCAUUUAAUGCCUAUCCCUAAUUACCCUUGGUGAUGGGCUGCCUUCUCUAACACUGCAGCUCGUGUGGAAAAGAUGCUCCCACAGUUAGGCCUGUGUGCCCUUAGCUGUGCCAAUGGUAUGACUGAGGAAUGAGGAGGAGGCUGUUUCUCCAGACUUUGGAUGGGCCACUGACAUUUUUUUUGAAUGAAGCUGCUCAUGCUCCUCUUCGUAAUGUGACACCCAAACCCUCUGACCCUUACCCCAAUCAUCGUGACUUGUGCCUCUAAAGACCAGUCCACUUAAAGUUACUACCACAUUCUCUCUGCUUGGGCAAUGAUAAUUGUAACAACAUCAAUAUUGCAUUUUAAAGUAAACAGUACACUAUUUAACUGGAAUGGAAGUAGACAUAUUAAACCUUUCUACUUUGUCACACCUUUAUUGCCACCCAAUCAGUGAUUUUAUACACACAAUAUCUCAAUCAUCCCAGGUUAUGGACACCCAACUGAUGGACACUCCUACAUGUGAAUGGGCUCCCAUAAUGUUACUAAAAUCAAAAGUCUGUGUACACAUGUUCUGCCAUUCACAGGAAUGAAUUAGUUUCCUGUCUGUGUGUGUGUCUCUCCUUUUAGUAAUUGUUCUCCUUUUAGUAAUUAGUAAUUGUUUUUAUGUCUUGUGCUUUUGAUGCUAUUCAUUACAAUACUGAAGGUAUGGUCACCAAUAUUGAGUGUUUUUUUUGUGGUAUUAGUUAUUGCGUGUAUUUUCUGACAUGAACAAGGUCAACUUGUGGAUGUCUUUGAAAAAUGGAACCUGUUCAUUACAAAGGGGUGGCAUGUGUAUGGUACCAAAGUCUGAGAUGGUGCAACAAAUCUUUUUAUAUAAACAUGGCUUUUAUUUGAUCUUCAUCAAGCCAUGCAUUUAUUUUUUAAAAGUACUUUUGUCUUCUAACUUUCACUGCCUUAAAAAUAAGGAACUAAUGAUCUCCAUUGAACACUGAUCACUCAGCGUAGCUCUCAGAUGUGGUGCUGAGCCCAGUUGAACUACCAGAUACCCGACAGUAAUUCAAUUCAAUAUGUGUCUGAACCAUAAUCCUUGUAACUUGCUGGCUUGGGACAUUUUAACCCAACGCAUGUAAUAAAAUCUGG